AUGUGUCUCUUAAACUACUUGCAUUUAAACAAUACAGUUCCAGAUGGACAGUUUAUCCGAGGCAAGCCUAAUAGAUUUGGCUGUAAGUUGUGGUCUCUUUGUGGAGCAAGUGGCUAUUGUUUCAAAUUUGAUUUAUACUGUGGAAAGGAUCCAGAAGAUACUGCAAGGGAUGACCUACUAUUGGGAUCAAGACAACUGGGACUGCCAGAGAGAAUCGAGUCGCUGACUGUCCACUAUGAACUGAAAAAGACAGUUCGAGGAAACUAUGACUACCAGUUCGACAGGAAUGGUGAAGACUUAUUUGUUCGAUGGCACGACAACAGAUGUGUUUACAAUGAUACAAAUUUUCACCAAGUUGAAAGUUUGGGAGCAGCUACGCGGUACAGUAGACAAGAAAGUAAGAAGACACAAGUGCAACAACCUGCCGUUUUGAAGGUGUAUAACGCGUACAUGGGAGGUGUUGACCACCAUGACCGACUAGCACAUGGGAAAAAUGCACAGGAUUUACUGGAUUUCAGAUGUGCUGUUACAGUUACAUACCUGAAAUUGGACUGUGGAAGACCAAAUAUUAGACGUCCAAUGGAAUACCCAUCAAGUCAAUUGAGAGUGAUACCAGACAUCAGAUUUGAUGGAAUUGGUCAUAUGAUUGACAAAAGAAGCACGCAAACAAGAUGUGUAAAAGCUAAAUGCAAUGGGAAACCAAAAACAUAUUGUGUUAAAUGUCUUGUAACACUGUGUGUGAAGUCGAUUGUACCAUUUCACAAGAAAUAA